UUGUCAUACUGGCUCGUCUGCCGCUGUUGCUCUUAAAGGAGACGUACCUCAUUCGAGGGUACUCCCGGUCAAACAAAUAUGAGGUAUGCUAUAGCUUUAAGAACUAAAUAAUACUGGAUAUUUCUAAAAUAAUAUGCGUCAUUAAACUUAUAUAUUUUAAAUAAUCUAUUUUGCUAUUUAUGCAGUUGCAAAAAAAUUGAUCGUUGGCCAGGCUAACGAAACUUGGGCCGGCUCUGGCCUUGUAUGGUGGGCCUUCAUUGUGAACGCUCAUAAGUAACUAGGCUUAAGUAAUAACUAAAGUCGGUAAAGGCUAUAACUGUAAGAGCGAAAUGGAGUCUGGGAAAGGCGAGGUUUCAAGCACUGGUCCUGGAACUCGGACCGCAGAGUCGACAGCGGCCUCAAAAGCAUCCGCGGACUCGACUGAGCGCUCCUGCGGUAGAGCCGGAAGUAAAAGGCGGACAAAAACAUCCUUGUCCUUCCCGGACUCCGGUGAGACUCGUUCCGUCACCUCAGGCUCUGUGCGUGUGUUACGAUCAAGGGGAGCUGGAGCUGGUACGACCUGCGAGUCCAGAAAUAUCACAUGCAAGAAAAAAGCGACCAGUUCACGCGACGCACGCAGUCGACCUGCAGGAUCACGCACCAGAAACACACCUGUCAUGCAAAGUGCAAUAAAGAAACCAACAGCCAGUCAGGCAUCCACAAAAACACUUGGACCAAAGCUUCCCAAAACUAGAAAAGGUGGGGGGAAACCUUCAACCAGGGCCUCACACACAUUAUCAGCAGCAACAUGCAAGCUCGAAGCAGAGUCAGGGGCGUUUUCAUGUGUGAGGGACACUGGUUCUGUGAAAGAAAGCGAUGGCAGGAAUAAAUCAAAGCGCCACACAACAUCACAACACAAUGAAUUCAAGAAAGAAGAGUCAGAGAAGGAGGAAGAAGAUUGUGGCAUUAAAAAGGAAGAACCCACCAGGAAUGUAGCUCAGGGUAAAGAUGGAGUCAUUGGCACUGAUCCUGAGCCAGUCAGGAAACGAGGUAAACGAGAUGAUAGAGCCCCUCGGCAGCCAAAACGAAGGAAAAAGCCACCGGUGCAGUACGUCCGCUGUGAAAUAGAGGGCUGCGGUACUGUUUUGGCCCACCCACGCUAUCUACAGCAUCAUAUAAAAUACCAGCACUUGUUAAAAAAGAAGUACGUGUGUGAUCACCCCUCGUGUGGGCGCUUGUUUCGCCUGCAGAAGCAGCUGCUGCGCCACGCUAAACAUCACACAGAUCAGAGGGACUACAUCUGUGAGUAUUGUGCUCGGGCCUUCAAGAGCUCCCAUAAUCUGGCUGUGCACAGGAUGAUCCACACAGGAGAGAAGCCAAUACAGUGUGAAAUCUGCGGCUUCACCUGCCGUCAGAAGGCCUCCUUGAACUGGCACAUGAAGAAGCAUGACGCAGAAGCCUCCUACCAGUUCUCUUGCUCCAUUUGUGGAAAAAAGUUUGAGAAAAAGGACUCUGUUGUUGCCCAUAAAGCCAAGACCCACCCUGAGGUGCUCAUAGCAGAAGCUUUAGCAGCCAACGGAGGAGAGGUAAUAAGCACACCCACCCCAGUCCUCGAGACUCUUCCAGCAGUCAUCCAGCCUGAGCAGCCUUCAGUCACCCAGGAGAGCUGCUCAGUAAUAAGCACUACCACCCCGGUCCUCGAGACAACUCCACUACUCACUAAGCCUGUGCAGCCGUCUGUUAGCCAGCAGAGCCACAAGGACCAAAAGAGUCAGGAGAGCCAGGAAGCGGCAAGCUGUGGGCUCACUCCACUGCAGCAGGUGGUGCUCCCAGUUGCUCCACAGUCUGAACAGGAUGUAUCUCAAGGACAGUUUCUCCAACUGCCCCGCAUGGUGCAAGUUUCACAUCAGCAGCAGGGCCCAACCUUGAUGCACUUCUCCAGCACCAGCUACCCUCAGCUCAUCCAGCUCUCCACUCUUCCAGUUAGUGCAGUCACAUCCGUGGCUUGUGUGGAACCCCAGAGCACGCUCCUCACCCUGAGCUCCGUCACCACCCUGGCCUCCACAGCAUCUGUGGCUCCCCAGCAGGCCGUGCACUGGGGAAGGGAGGGGGACGCGGAUGCGCAAAUUUGCGGAGAGGGUGAUCUGUGGGAAAGGGUGGUGGUGGCAGGGGGCGGACAGGAUGUAGGGGAAAUGAUGUGGGGGGGUAACGCGGAGAGGAGGAAGGAAAAUGAAGGCAUUGUUUGGGAGAGGGAGGGAGAGCGGCUGUCACAGUGUGCAGAUGUAGGUGGAGACAGUUUGAUCUAGAUGCAAAGAGGGCGAAAUGAACUGAAGGGUGACUUUAUGUUUAUGAAGGAAACGCACAUUAAAAAGGAGGCUUUUAUUCCAAUAAAACACUGAAACACUUGAAAUGCAUACAUGAUGGAUAUUUAAAAUAAUAGAAGCUGUCUUUGUGAUCUAUAUACAGUCACUUUCAGUACAGAGCUACUUUGUAUCAGGGAGUUGUUGUUUUUUUUAAUUAAUACAAUGGAUUACAUACUUUUUGACCACCUAAUAUUUUAUAAAUUUUGGAGUUUGUCAUGUAAUUUCAAGAUCAAACGAUUGUACGUUAUGCACAAGAAGAUCACAGCUUAUUUGUAUUUCCCUGUAGUAUUCCUGUUGUGUUGAUGUGUGUCCUUUUGAAUGGUGAACUAAUGAGAAUUACAAGGUGCAAUUAAUCCUCAAACUAUAAAAAACAACCAUACCUGAUUUCAGUUUGGUUGCUUGUCCUUUUAAGGGCAAAACCUUACAAAUCACUGUGAGACUGAGCUUGGAUCGCUCCUUGAAAGGCCCAUUGUGACCAUUUGUAUUUGGAGAGUCUCAGGCAUGGGGUUUGGACAUUCAUGGAGUUGUGCACCAUAAAUUCUUCCUACAUGGGAAAAAAAGAAAUCAUCUGGAGGCAUCUGAGGGAAAACAUUCAGCUUAAACGACCUGAAUAAUACAGUCGUCACUCACCACCUUCAUCUUUUUCUCAUUUUAACACUAUCUCGAUACAUAAAUGCACAAGUUCAAGUGGUCUGAACGGGACUUCCAGGGACUGAUGUCAAAGUGACAGGACCCCAGGAAGAGACCCAGCACUUCAUAAGGAUCUGAUGAGGCUGAUAUCAAAGCCAGCACAUUUCGAUUCCACCUUGUACUGAUGUAACUGAGUUCAUUUUCAAAUCUGUUAACAUACGUCUCACUGCAGUCCUCGUGAGUUGGCAUAGUAGGACAGUGGGUUAUAAACACAAGGCCAGAAUCGGCCUUGGAAAGACUCCGGUGUAGCUUUGGGAAAUGUGAAGGAGUGCUUAGAUUUGUAACUAUUAACUCUUUCAUCAGGUAAACAGCUGUUCCUAUUAACAAAAAUAUCCCUCAUUGCCAUUCAUUCUACACCAAAGUAAUUAAGUAAUAGAGAGAAUUUUUUUUACAUUCCACAGUAAAAAAGUAAAAAGAUUGGCGGAGUUUCCCUGAUCUUGUUAUUUGAGAUCAAAGUGAACUGUAUGUGGUCCACAAUGUAAGCUGAUGCUGUAGUGUUUCUGUUCUAGUGGCCCAGCCACUGUGACAGAGAGUUAGCGUGAACAACUCUGAAAACCACCUACGUUUGUUCUUCUCUUGCUCCUCUUCCUUCUCAUAUCUUGCAGUUUGUAAAAAAAAAAAAGAUUUAAGUUGCUUUCUGUGCUUUAUUAUAUUUCAGUAAACCAGGAGCAUCACACUUGGGAAAUAAAUUGUUUUUCCAACUCUUCACGUUUUUCACAGGCAGCAGUAUUAUGUUAGGAAAAUAUGUUCCCUCUGAAAUUAAUUUGAUAAUUUUUGUGUUAAGUGUUUUUAUCAGACCACUGUAAUAUGAUAAACAAAUAUAUAAACCUCUGUAUGUUGCUAAUAGUAGACAUACAAGAUAAUUCCAUGUGUU